ACGUGUGGCAAAAAUUGUUUUGUGGACCAAUUUGUUUUCAAGUUUUACGAAACAACUCACCAAAAUUUGUUCGUUUAUUCCUUGGGAAUUAUACAAAAACAACACGCAUAAGUCAUCAGAGAUGAAUGUUUGUUGAAUCAAUAUCUAAAAGUGAAUGAAAUCGGCAUGAAUGUCGAAAAUCUAUGAAUUUAUUUUGUGAUCAGAAUGAUGUACAAGUACCAAAAAGAUUGAAAUUGUCACUUCCUACUUCUUUGCAGUAGAAUAAACUUAGAUAUGCUGGAUUUUACGACUUGUUUCGAUGGCAGUGCUGACAUUUUGCCAUUUGUGAAGCAAAGUUCAAACAAUUCCGAGUUUGAAAAUUUCAAGAUCGUAGGACAGGAAAAAGAUGGCACCAUACUGUAUGUAUGGGAUGCAUUCCCUAUCAAUGCUAGAAUCAGAAGAAAGGUCACACAUAUUGGUCUUUUGGAUGGUAUCUCUCAGAAGAAUGAUAUUGUUUUCCACCAUGAAAAGUUAGUCAACAUUGUAAACUGCUCCGUCAACCAAGACCGGUCGCUAAUUGCAUUUACUGCUUUUGAAAGGGUCACAGUACCAGGAAGAGAUAGCAGGGAACCAAAAACUGAAAACAGAUACAGGACGUUCACAGCGGAGGUACAACCACAGAAGGGCAUGUAUAAGCUGAAUAUAGAGGGCAGCACACACAUCCAACUACAGUUCUUGUAUGGUCAGCAUCGAGGAUUUGGGGAAAAUUACGACAAGGAAUCGCACAUGAUUAUGCUGCAUCAUCGAGAAUCUAUUGGACUCUAUCAUUUUAUGAUGGCAAGGGUUGGAGAGAGAGGAUGGAUUGUUUGUGAUCAGCCAAGAACAGAGAAUAUAAUGAAGAAAUACAUCUGGUGCCAAUGGGAUCCAACGAACCUGCGACUUUUUGUGCUAUACUCAAGAAAGCCCACCGCUUCAAAAUCAGAUGAUGUCCCGUUGAGGUCUACUAGGCCUGAAGACAUCCAGAUAAAACCUGUGCUGACUUGCUACCAGUUUGGUCAGUCACAUGUCCCUUUUGAAGCUGUGCUCGAUGUCCAGAUUCCAUUCCCGUUGCCGAAGUUAAGGUCAACAUUUCGGCCCAACUACUAUGACCUAGGACCAACCCUGUCAACCCCUGAAUCUUCCAUCAACAUGGCUGUACUGACGCUGACCAAUGGAACAAUAUGUGUCUGUUUCCAGCAUCCACUGCCUGAGGAGAAGACUAAGAGGCGAUCGAGUGUGGCAAGUGCAAGCUCUGGGUCGAAUUGGGAGGAAGAGAGUGCAACACUGACUUUAGAGUACACCGUCUGCAUGAUCCACCAUGGCAAAUCUCUAGUGUGCAGCGUCCCCAAUGUCUCGAGACAGGUGGCGGCAAGGGCAAGAAUGUCAUUCUCUUGGACAGGGGAUUAUCUGCUUGUCCUCCUGCCCGGCUUCUUCAUUCAUCUACUGAACGUGACUGUAGAACUAGAGCCAUGUCAUCACAUUGUCUUACAUGACUCAGUGCCAAAUCCAUUUAGUGCAGACCCUUCACCCUAUCUCACUCACUUCCUGGGUGACAGGAUGAUACCAGGUACUAUCCUGUUUGAUCCGUUGAGUCUACAAGCACAGAAGGUAGUUGUGGACAGGGAUAAGACUGUCAAGAUGUUUGAAGAGGCCAAGUCAUUCACACAGCGUCUAGCAAUACUUCAUUAUGCCGUGUUACAUGCCAGGGACAUUAAUAUGGUGAAACGACUGAUCGAAAUACUCUGCAAUGAUCCAUUCCAUUUUGAUUUGACACCGAUUCUCCAAGAAUUCCUCAUUUCAUCCACAUUUGGCUCUGUCAAAAGGCAACUGGAGAAGGAUGUGGCUGGAUACUUUGCAUUUACUACUUCAGAAACUUUCCGGGGGAACUUUGAGAAGAAUGAAGCAGGUACAAGAAUAGCGACAUUCAACUACACCUCAUUCCCAGUCGACUUCAGGACUGUGUUUUCGAUGCAACGUGACAAGACCCAGAGACAACCAGAUGACAUGUGGGACAAUCUUUGUUUUUACGUCACGGCCAAGAAACCGCCGCACGGAUGCAAGUUCAGCAACAGGGACAUUGCACGUGAUCUUGCUGUACGAGAUCCACAAAAAUCAGAGCGGAAAUACCAAGUCAGCAGAAACACACCGUCAUUGCUGAAGAGACUAUCAGAUAGAGCUAGGAACAAAUUUUCUCCAAGUAAAUCUGUUGGAAAGAGAGACAGUAGAAAUCGUCCUCCGUCAAGAUCAGAGGUCAUCCUUGGUCUUCAGCCAUCGUUUCUAUUGAGUGGCCAACCAUCUUCACUAGAACAAGAUGCCAUGACGACCAAUAUCGUUAUGUUAGUCGGUGAACAUCUCAAGAAGUUCAGAGAGAAAGACUCGGUAGCCAAGAUUCACAACUUGGCAUUAGAGUACAUGUCAUGCAUGCAAAACCAAGCAAGGCAGCUCGUUCAUGUUGUGUGGAGCGUGUUCAAUAUGGAUGAAAGAGAUGUCACUGCAGACAUUAAGAUACCAGCCACAGAACAAGAGACUGAGCUGUUCCAUGUCUUAGAGAGGGUCUACCUUGCAACUCUGGAAUUGACAUUUCCACUUCCCAUCGGCUUUCUCAACUACUUUGCCUCCCUUGCCUUCCAUGCCUUAGACUUCAGCAUGUUCAUGCAGUAUGUCAAUAGUCACGUUAUUAGCCUGACAGAUGAGUUUGUGGCCAAAGCCAUCAUUGAACUGGAAGACACACCAAAGAAUGUCGAUUACAAAUGCUUGUUGAUAUCAAAACUUCCUCAGGACCAAGCGUUGGCUUGCUACCAAAUAUGGAACCACCCAAUCAGUCAUCAUUAUCUAGCCAAGGAGAUGGUACAAGCAAGACUCUCAGAAGAGUCUGUUCUUCGACCUGAUAUUAAGCCAUACAAUGGUAAACUGAAGGCAAGUGAUAGUCUCAACACACUGUUGUCAAGGUCCUACAGUAAUAUGAGCACAGCCAGUGUCCAGAGUGAACCCUCGACCGCCUCAGACUCUCCCUCAGGUGUUGACUUCCCACCUUUAGACACUCUCAUGAGGAGCCUAGAAGAAGCAGAUAAACAGGUCAAAUCAAAAGGAAGAAAGGGGAAGUUAAACCCGCUCAGUUCAGGAGACAUCAAAUUCAUUGAGGAGUCUGCACUUAUUUAUUCCCAGCAAGAGGGAUAUAAAGACUUUCAUGUUAACAUGUAAAUAUUCCUGGCUCCUACCAAAAAUGUAUAAGCUCGAUUUUUGCUCCGACCUUUAGUAUCUCUGUAAAGGCUUCAAAUGGCAUUUUGCUCCACAAAGUUUGAGUGGUUUUUGAGUAAUGUAAUGCUAGUGCCAAGCCUAGCUUCUCCUCAAUUCAUUUUCACAGCACCAGUGCUCUGUUUCUUUUGAAGUAGUGUCCGUAGUAAAAUUUGUGUCUGUGAUCAUUCAUUGUUGAUUCAUCUUGAUUUUGAUUGGUAGAUUCAGUUGUCAGGAGAUUCACCAAUGAAUAACUGAUUUCAUGCCUUCUGCUGGCUCGAAAUAAUGUAAGGUGCUCUGUUACUGUGUUCGCUAAUUUGUGCAAUCAUCAUAAUGUAUAUGAAGUCGGCAGCCUUUAUUGGCCGCAUAACAUGUACUGUACAACCUCUCUAUUAAGAUCACCCUUGGGACUAACAAUUGCUGUCCUUAAUAGAGAGGUCAAGUUGAAUGGAAACAACCAAAUUGGAACCAAAAGUAGUAUCCUUGAUAGAGAGGUGUCUGCUAAUUAAGGGAGGUUCCACUAUAUUUAGAGGGGUAAUUCGAGUCCGGAAAAAAUCAUUUGCCUGACGGGAGUCCUAGUAGUGCUUGCAGUGCAAUGCAUAAUGAGUACAGCUUCAGGUGAAGAUGAACCCUUAUUUGGUGGUACCCAGUCACUCGUGACAAUAUGUUUUUCCAAUUGUACUGAAGUGACAUAAAACAUAUUAUGCAUGUAUGUAAUAAAGUUUCUAUCACAAUAUAUAUAUAUAUAGUAU